GGAUGCUGGGCGCGGAGGGCACGGGUGAGGCGGGAAGAGGCGGUGCCAGGGACGCGGGCGUCCUGCAGUCCCCGGGGCUGGGGCCGGGCGCUCUGCGAGGCUCUCAUUAGCCGGCGGCGCGGGGAGGGGCCGGGUGACCUUACGCUGGCCCGGCCACUGCGGCCAUUAGACCCGGUCCAAUUGCUGAGGCGGCAGCGCUGCCUCGGAGUCCGCGAGACAUCUACGAAGCGAAAUCGAGCCUGGCCUUGAGGGUCCACACCGCGAGAGAAGAUGCGUGCGCUCAUGCCGGAGCCUAAGCCUGGAGACCUGAUCGAGAUUUUUCGCCCUUUCUACAGACACUGGGCCAUCUAUGUUGGCGAUGGAUAUGUGGUUCACCUGGCCCCUCCAAGUGAGGUUGCAGGAGCAGGUGCAGCCAGCGUCAUGUCUGCCCUGACUGACAAGGCCAUCGUGAAGAAGGAAUUACUGUAUGAUGUGGCCGGGAGUGACAAGUACCAGGUCAACAACAAACAUGAUGACAAGUACUCACCGCUGCCCUAUAGCAAAAUCAUUCAGCGGGCGGAGGAGCUGGUGGGGCAGGAGGUGCUCUACAAGCUGACCAGCGAGAACUGCGAGCACUUUGUGAACGAGCUGCGCUAUGGAGUCCCCCGCAGUGACCAGGUCAGAGAUGUUGUCAUCGCUGCAAGUGUUGCAGGAAUGGGCUUGGCAGCCAUGGGCCUUAUUGGAGUCAUGUUCUCAAGAAAUAAGCGACAAAAGCAGUAACUGAAAAAGACUGUCCUGUCAGCGAUGACUUUAUACAUCAAGGGGAUCUUGUUUUGCUAGCGUUUGGGGUUUGGUUUGUGGAUUUCAUUGUGAUUUAUAAUAAGGCUUAUUUUCACAGAAUAAAAUAAAGUACAACGAGGGAGGAUUUUAUUGGGGGAAAUGCAGCAA